ACAGCCAGGCGGACUAAUCCCCGCCAAGUCCAGCGGGAUCGGCAUCAUUCUUAAAACGCUGUCAGGACAAUCCCGUUAUUUUUAAUUGCCCGUAUCCCCUAACUCUUCAGCCUUUUGUCGUAUCGUUCGUUUCGCUGUUCGUAGGUGGAAACUUUCCCGUCCGAUUGCUGCCCCCCCCAUAGCUGUAGCGUCUUUCCUUUUCCUCCUUUUUUUCCCCUCCGCGUUUCAUUUAAACAAUGGAAUCUAUUCGUUCUCAGCGACUUCAGCCGGGGAUCGGAUUUGGAGCUGGCUCGACCGGGACGCUGCGCUCCUCGCUCCGGCCUGGGGUCACCGUCCCCACCGCUCCUCCGCAGCCACCCUCGGUGUGCCUGUCGGCUUCCUCCGGGCCGCCCCCGCCUCCGCCGCCGCUGCAGCUGCACAGCCUCGGGGUCGGUGUGAUGGGGAGCAGCGGUCUGGGAGCGGCGGGGAUGGCGGGGCUCGGACUCUGCAAUCCGGGGAACCCGACUGUGCUGCGGGAGGCGGUGGAGGCGGUGGUGAGAAGCUUCGCUAAACACACCCAAGGAUAUGGCAGAGUGAACGUGGUGGAGGCCCUGCAGGAGUUCUGGCAGAUGAAGCAGUCGCGUGGGGCAGACCUCAGGAACGGGGCGCUGGUGGUCUAUGAGAUGGUGCCCUCCAGCAGCCCGCCCUAUGUCUGCUACGUCAGCCUCCCUGGGGGCAGCUGUUUCGGCAGCUUCCAGUACUGCCCCACCAAGGCUGAAGCAAGGCGCAGCGCGGCCAAGAUCGCCCUGAUGAACUCCGUCUUCAACGAACACCCCUCCCGCCGCAUCACGGACGACUUCAUCGAGAAGAGCGUGUCCGAGGCACUCGCCUCUUUCAACGGUAACAGGGAGGAGGCUGACAACCCAAACACGGGCAUUGGUGCAUUCCGCUUCAUGCUGGAGUCCAACAAGGGCAAGUCCAUGUUGGAGUUUCAGGAGCUGAUGACCGUCUUCCAGCUGCUUCACUGGAAUGGCAGUCUGAAGGCCAUGAGGGAGAGGCAGUGCUCUCGGCAGGAGGUGCUGGCUCACUACUCACACCGGGCGCUGGAUGAUGACAUGCGCACUCAGAUGGCUGCUGAUUGGGUGAAUCGGGAGCAGAGCGUGGCAAGCACCAUCGCGCGGGAGCUAGCCGCCACAGAGCGGGAGCUGGAAGAAGCACGUCUGGCAGGCCGGGAGCUGCGCUUCCACAAGGAGAAGAAGGACAUCCUGAUGCUUGCUGUCGGACAGCUGGGCAACGCCAACUCCGCCACCCUGCCCGCCGGCUGCUAGAUGCAGACCUGAGGGAACAGUGGAAGACUCAGCCCAACCCCACCUUUGUUCAUGAUUGUACAAGACAGCGCUGUAGCCACAGAUCCAGAAAAUACACUUCAACAGCUAGAGCCCAGUUACUGGAUGAAAGAUUAAAAUGUAUAUGAAAUAAGCUUAUUCAAAGUGCGUGCAAACAAAAUUCAGCACUUGGGAGUUUUACGUACACAAAAAUGUUCCGAGGGCAGAACGAAAAAUGAUUGGUUCAGGGAGAUAACCAAUUAGAUUGUAGAGGAGGUGGGUCCAAGACAUCUGAUUGGCUGGUCCCACCUCCUCUAAUUUCUUGGACGCACCUCCUCAAACUUGGACUCAAACUCCCACGAGCCAAAAGCCAGGUGGGUUCGAUGUCAUUUCCAGUGAUCCCCUAGAGUGGAGCAUCAUUUAUCAUUUUUAUUUCGCUUUACUAAAUAAAUCAUUUCUUAAUAAUGUCCAUGAAAUUUUGCCACACCAGCAUUCACAGUCUCCACUCUGGUUUCUGUCAUAUUGCUAUAUGCUACUUAUAAAUCCCUCCCAGAUAAACAGCCGUAGGUUACUGUGUGGGUCUGAAUUGACAGGCCUUUGGAGACACAUGUUUUGUACUAAAAUAUUAGCCCUAUGGGGUUCAACCAUAUUUAAAAAAUGUAUUGAACACGAAUUGAUCUUGAGCAGGAAAUUGGAACCUUUUGUACCAAUGUUUUUAAACAUUUUCAGCUCUUUCAUGCCUCAUUUACUAUCCAGUGCUUACUAGGAUGUAAUAUGUUUUUAUACAACCUGUUCUGCCACCUACUUUUAAAGUGACAUGAUUUGUGACACUUCCCCGGCUUCUUGGUGAAUUUCCUUUCAGUCUGUUGUUUUAAAACAGCAGCAUUCAGUUGAAGUGGUCAGAAUUCAAAAUGACCCAGACUAAACAGUAUUCAGCAACGGAGAGAUGUUGUCUCAUUGUUUUCGAUUCUGGCAGCAUAUUACACGAAAGCCAUAUUGACCUUUUGUGCAAUUCGCAGUGUAAAUUUAGUCUAGGAGAGAACAUCCUGGAUUCAGGCUUUUUAAAAAUAUGAUUUUAUUGUAUUGCAGUCAUUAUACUAUGCUAGGAAUGUAGAUACAAGAUCACAUACUUUAUAUUUUAAGUGGUCCUUUACAGAUGCAGCCAUAAACAUUGGUGAUUGUUUAGCAGACAGAAUUUUUUUAACUAUUUCUGUUCCUGAAAUAUCAGUAUAUCUUCUUUAAGUUUCUGUUGAAUUCUUUUUGUAUAGUCCACAUUUUGCAACUGUUCUUACAUUAUACAAUCCACAUUUUACAAAUGUGAUUUUUGGUUCUAAAAAGACAAAAUGUUCUUACAUGUUUUGUUGUAUUUUGUUGCUAAAGUACAAAACAGCGCUUUGUUCCGGCAACAAAGAUUAGACCAAGUCAGUUUUUCAAAGAGCAGGCAAUACAUUAUGUUCCACUUUUCUUUUAAUUUUUGUAAUGAUUUAUUAACAAACUGCAUGUUUGACUAAAAUGCUUUUUUAAGAAACAGUUAUCCCCUCCAAGAGUGUUUUUGUUUGAUACAUUUAUUAUAUGUAUUUUCUACAAUAUUUUCAAGUAUAAUUUUUUACUUAAACCAGGUUUAUACUUAGAUUUGAACACAAUAAAGCAGUAAACAAAUAA